AUGCCACCAACUCAUGCUCUGUUUGAGUCGGCCUCAGGCUAUGCGAUAUUCGAAGUCAAGCUCACCGAUGAUAUUGCCCUCAAGUCGAAGGCUAUGCAGGACUCUCUAAAAGAUCUAUCGAAAUUUGGCAAAAUUGUGUCGCUGCUCAGCUUUUCGCCAUAUAAAAGUGCGGCUCAGGCAUUGGAGAAUGCGAACGAUAUCUCUGAAGGUAUUGUAAAUGAAUAUCUUCAUUCCCUCCUCGAGCUCAAUAUCCCGAAACCCUCAAAAAAGACCACUGUCGUGUUGGCCGUGUCUGAUUCUGCAUUGGCAUCGAGCAUCAAAGCAGAGCUAAAAAUUCCCUGCGAUGUAUCCGACGAAGCCCAGGAAAUCAUCCGAGGAAUCCGUCUACACGCAUCCAAACUCCUCAAGGGACUCCAAUCGGACGACCUAAUCAAAGCGCAACUCGGUCUCGGUCACUCCUACUCUCGCGCUAAGCUAAAGUUCAACGUUAACCGUAUCGACAACAUGAUUAUCCAAGCAAUUGCGCUCCUCGAUCAGCUCGACAAAGAUGUCAACCUUUUUUCGAUGCGCAUUCGAGAGUGGUACGGAUACCACUUCCCCGAACUCGUCAAACUCGUACCCGACAAUCAACAAUACGCGAGUGUUGCACAAUUCAUCGGGGACAAAGAUACUCUCAACGAGGAAAAACUCCCGGACCUUGCUGCGCUCCUCGGAGACGACACCACUAUUGCACAAAAUAUCCUCGAUGCUGCCCGUGGAUCCAUGGGUUCAUCACUGUCUGAGAUUGACAUGCUGAAUAUCAAUGCCUUUGCUGGUCGCGUCGUAUCCCUGUCAGAAUAUCGAAAGUCGUUGAUAUCGUACCUGUCGGAAAAGAUGAACCUGGUUGCCCCAAGUUUAACGGCACUCCUGGGCGAACGUGUUGGCGCCAGGCUGAUAAGCCAUGCCGGCAGUCUCACAAAUCUGAGCAAGUAUCCGGCCAGUACUGUGCAAAUACUGGGAGCUGAGAAGGCCCUGUUCCGUGCCUUGAAGACCAAGGGGAAUACACCAAAGUACGGACUUCUCUAUCACUCCUCAUUCAUUGGCCGUGCGGGACCCAAGUUCAAGGGCCGGAUAUCACGCUUCCUCGCGAACAAAUGCUCAAUUGCAUCGCGGAUAGACUGUUAUUCAGAUGUCCCGACUGCCAAGUACGGUGAAGCGUUGCGGGCCCAAGUGGAGGAACGUCUCAAUUUCUUCGAGACUGGGGCCCCUCCGUCCAAAAACGCUGAUGUCAUCCACAAAGUCAUGCAGGAUCUUGCCCUGGAAGACAAUGAUCAUGAUGUUGAGAUGGGAGACCCCAAUUCGGGGCCGGCGUUGACUACACUGGAGGCUACUGUCACAACAAAGAAGGAGAAGAAGAAGAAACGUGGCAGUGAAGAGAUGGACGUUGACGAGGAGGAUGAGCACGCGGUGAAGAAAGUGAAGUUGUCGAAGGAGGAGAAGAAGGCCUUGAAGAAGGCAAAGAAAGAGAAGGCGAAGGAGGGAGGCGAGGCCGAAGUUGGCUCCGAGAAAAAGGAAAAGAAGAGCAAAAAGGAGAAGAAAGACAAGAAAAGCAAGAAGACGAGCGAGGAUUAG